AAGUAUUCGUUACGAAGACAGUGAAUCGAACAGAUUGAUUCGAAAUUGUUUGUGCAAAAUGAAUCGCACAAACGAAGGAAUGGAAAUUUUAUUUUUGGUAUUAUAAACAACGAGAAAAGUUCGAUUCUCAUGAUGUAACGUACAAUAAAUAUAUUUAUUUCAUUGGUUUUUAUCGAUUGCACGUGAACCAAACUGUUUGUUUCUGCAACAAGUAAUUAAGUUUGUGUAAAUUUGAAAACAGAAAUAGUGUUUAUUUGUGAUUCAGGGCUAACAUGUGCCUUGUUUUUAUUCGUGUGUUCGUUAGAGAAUUAGUAUGAUCCGAAAAUAGUCACCGUUUUUUUAAAUUUCAAAAUGCAAUUUGUGCACAAAAACCCUGUUUUUUAUAUUAUAUGUUAGCUACACUGCUGUUGUGCCAUUUGUUUUAAACUUUUACCACUGCUUCGACACUAUAUAUACACAUAUGUUCAAUUAAAGUGAUAUUUUAUGCCAAAAUUGGAUUAAUUUCAAUCAAAGUAGACUCUGAUUUAGCGACGGUUUUUUUGUUUUUUUGUGAUUAUUAUUUUAUUGCUACCGAUCGUUGGCCGAACCACGCCAAAUAUGGCAUCCUAUGAUGAUUUAGAUUUUGAAUGGUCUCUUUUAUGCCGAGAAAAUACAUGCGCUUCGUGGACCGAAUCAGAUUUGCAGUUGGCAGCAGAACUUGGUAAAACGCUAUUGGAAAGAAAUAAAGAGCUCGAGCAAAAUAUCAAGCACCAACAAACCAUCAUUGACGACCAGGUGCAAGAAAUCGAGUAUUUGACAAAACAAAAUAACGCAUUACGAGAGGUCAAUGACACGAGACUAAGGAUCUAUGAAAACAUCGAAGUUAGCAUCCAAGAUCUAGAGAAACAGAAUCAUCGAUUGAAUAUAGAUUACUCUAACUUGAAGAAGAUCAACAAAACUUUGAUUGGCAAUAAUGAAACGCUGGAGGAGAAAAUUGAUGAAUUACGUAAACAAAUUGAAGAGUUGCAGCGUGAACUGGAAAUUGAAAGGCGCAAAAAUGAGCGAUUACAACUUGAACAACGAACGAAGAAAGAUGAAGCGGUCAUUGCACCCGUAAAUAGUGGUUUGAGGGAACCGAAUUCAAACAAUACCAAGGGCAAUACUGAAACAAUAGUGGCGCAUGUGUCGACAAAUAAUGUUCAACCGUCGCAACCAUUGGGAGUCGAUGAAGUGGACCGAUUAGCUGAAACUUGUGAUAGUGCGGAAAUCUUGGAUAUGAUCACCGAAUUAGAUGGUACCAAACGCCAAUUAAAUGCGGAAAGACAAAGAGUGUCAGAACUUGAAGAUCAACUAUCAUCAUUAAUUCAAGAUAAUCGCGAUUUACAGAAUCGAGUCGCACAAACUGUUGCACCCGAGUUUGGUGAAAUGAGGUCGAUGCACGAUGAACUGGCCAUACUUGAAGAAUCGGGACAAGGAAAACUGUGUCGUCGCUGUUUGCGUGGUUUUGAUGAUGACAUAUUAGUGCCAGAUUAUGCAUCGUCGAUUGCAUGCACAGAGGAUGGUGAUGAUGCUAGUCUGAAUGAAUUGCUACAACGCACAAACAGUGUACAAAAUAUGUACAGUUCGCAGACGCUCACAAUAAAUCAGGAUGGUGCUGAGUCGACUUUGAAUAUAUCAGCUCCUAGUCCCAACCCGUAUCGCGAUUUGGUCAACAAGUAUGAGGCUUUAUUGGAGGUUCAUCAUACAGCAUUCCGUAGUCGACAAGAAGAACUGCCUCCAGUUGGUUCUUUGCAUGAAGAAUUGGCAUCUGCAAUGAGCGCUGUGAAAGAAGAGCCCAAGGAACCAAGCCUAUCUAACGAAGAUGAUAUGAUGCCAACGACAUCAGCAGCAGCAAUGGCAUCAUCCUCAUCAGUAGCAUCAACAACAACUGGUGCCAAACGAAAACUCAACUUGCUCACACCAACUGACUUUUCCGAAGCAGAAACAUCCAGCUCCGGAUAUUCGGAUGAGAUCAGCAAUAAGUUUACACAAACGGAAGAGACAUUUUUGUGCACAAUCGCCGAUGGAGAAGAUAAGUUUACCAUUUACGAUGAAGCCUCUCCGAUUGAUUCACGGUUCCGUCACUGUCCAAAGUAUCGUCAUCUAUUCAAGGAGAUUUUUGCUACAUUGAAAAAAGCCGCUGAGAACAAAGACGAAGGUGAAAAAUUGCCACUACUUGACGAUGCAAAUCCGGCAUUCAAAGUUCCACCAGUGACACCAGCCGCUGAAGAAUUGCCAAACUUCCCUGAAGUUGAAACUGAAAGCGUUGUUUCGUCUGUUGUAUCCGAGCAGUCUGUUGCAAUGUCUGAAUGUGUUACAAAACACGAACGAAAAACCGCCAAGAAGAAGACUGGCCAAGAGAACAAAUCACCAACGAAAAAGGAAGUCUUUGAAAAUAACCGAACACUAACGCCGCACAAACGCGAACCACUUGAAUACUUGGCGUUCAGUAAUUUGCGUAAAAAGAACAAGAAACGCAAUCGUCAAGGUGCCGUCGAUCCAUCAGAUUCGCCAGCUCUUAUUCCAACAUCGCCACGAUUUUUCUAUGCCAAUCGCAAAAGACGUGAGCGUGUUGCCUUCGAUUUCCAAAAAGAUGGAACAGUGGCAAAGAAUGAUGACGGUUCUGCACAAGGCUCAGCAGCAAAUAAUAAUUCUGAUGUUAUCUGGAACGGAAACUCUAUCACCGUUUAUAAUCGCAAUGUGCCAUCGAGCCGAAAAACCACUGCUAGUGGCGAAACAAUUGUCUAUCGCACCAAGAGCGCUGCUGCACAUGAUCUUCACAAGCUUAUGAAAUUGGAUCUAUCGUAUGCUGAGGUAUUGCGACGGGCCGAUCAAACAAAUAAACACCAUCACAAUCGUCGCAAAUAAAUUGCAACGGCAAACGAAAAUGUCAGACUUUUUCUUUCAUUUUUAGUUUAAUUUAAAUGUGCCACAAGAGGAACGCGAACAAAAUCUUCAAACUCCAAAAUAUAUUUAUUCAAAUGUCUGUCCAAUGAGAUAUGUCUACUGAAAGUCUACAAAGUCAUAGAAAUUUUAACGAUUUUUUUUUUCAAUUAUGUCAUUCGAUUUUAGAAUUAGUCAUGCUCAAUAUUUGUAUUGAGUGAGUGCACAGAGGCAAACAUAAACUCCAUUGCUCGGAUUUAUGUAUAUUAGAUGAUUAGGAUUUGCAUUAUUCCGAUUUUUAUAUCUCUCUAUUAUUAUUUUAAAUUUACCAACAGUGAGACACGACAAAGAAUUCUUAUUUAAUUCACAUAGCCAUUAAUCAACACAAAUCAGUAGCCAUAACAUGACAAAAACUGUUGUAAACUCUAUGCAGAGAACAUUAUACAAAGCAUGUAUAUUGGAAACUUUAUAUUGUUUGAAGCUUAGUUGCUUAUCAACACACACAAUUUCAUUUGUUCCAAACUAUAAAGUUUUCUUUUUAAUUUCAAGCGUUCAAUUGUAAAAUUUUGGUAAAUGAAACGAAGUC